GGGAGGUCUUUGGGUUUUUUUUUUUUUUUCUGGCGGAGCUGGGGCGCCCUCCGGAAGCCUUUCCAACUUUCCAGAAGUUUCUCGGGACAGGCAGGAGGGGGUGGGGACCGCCAUAUAUAGAUCCCGGGAGCGAGGGAGCGGGCGGAGAGUAGAAUUGGUUCGCGGCUCGAGAGUGUGAGUCCUGUCCCGGCGCCAGCCCAGCCCGCCUCAGAAUGAAAAAGGCAGGCAUUGACCUCCCUCUGAGGCAGUUUCCAGCCUUCACAGGUCCACCUUGGUGUGCAGAACCCACCUCCCAGCCAUGCUCUCCCUGCCCCUCCUCAGCACCUUCUGCCUCUUGGCCAUGGCCCUGGCCGCUGAGGUGAAGAAACCUGUCGACUCGGCACCACCUGGCACUGCAGACAAGCUGAGCCCUAAAGCAACCACGCUGGCUGAGCGCAGCGCCGGCCUGGCCUUCAGCCUGUACCAGGCCAUGGCCAAGGACCAGGCAGUGGAGAACAUCCUGCUGUCUCCUGUGGUGGUGGCCUCCUCACUGGGGCUGGUGUCCCUGGGUGGAAAGGCGGCCACAGCAUCGCAGGCCAAGGCAGUGCUGAGCGCCGAGCAGCUGCGCGACGAGGAGGUGCACGCGGGCCUGGGAGAGCUGCUGCGCUCGCUCAGCAACUCCACGGCGCGCAACAUGACCUGGAAGCUGGGCAGCCGCCUGUACGGGCCCAGCUCCGUGAGCUUCGCCGACGACUUCGUGCGCAGCAGCAAGCAGCACUACAACUGCGAGCACUCCAAGAUCAACUUCCGCGACAAGCGCAGCGCGCUGCAGUCCAUCAACGAGUGGGCCGCGCAGACCACCGACGGCAAGCUGCCCGAGGUCACCAAGGACGUGGAGCGCACCGACGGCGCCCUGCUCGUCAACGCCAUGUUUUUCAAACCACACUGGGAUGAGCGAUUCCACCACAAGAUGGUGGACAACCGUGGCUUCAUGGUGACUCGUUCCUAUACUGUGGGUGUCAUGAUGAUGCACAGGACAGGCCUCUACAACUACUAUGAUGACGAGAAGGAAAAGCUGCAAAUGGUGGAGAUGCCCCUGGCCCACAAGCUCUCCAGUCUCAUCAUCAUCAUGCCUCACCAUGUGGAGCCCCUCGAGCGCCUUGAAAAGCUACUGACCAAAGAGCAGCUGAAGGUCUGGAUGGGGAAGAUGCAGAAGAAGGCUGUUGCCAUCUCACUGCCCAAGGGUGUGGUGGAGGUGACCCACGAUCUGCAGAAACACCUGGCUGGGCUGGGCCUGACUGAGGCCAUCGAUAAGAACAAGGCAGACUUGUCGAGAAUGUCGGGGAAGAAGGACCUGUACCUGGCCAGCGUGUUCCAUGCCACUGCCUUCGAGUGGGACACAGAGGGCAACCCCUUCGACCAGGACAUCUAUGGGCGUGAGGAGCUGCGCAGCCCCAAGCUGUUCUACGCUGACCACCCCUUCAUCUUCUUGGUGCGAGACACCCAGAGUGGCUCCCUGCUGUUUAUUGGGCGCCUGGUCCGGCCCAAGGGUGACAAGAUGCGAGACGAGUUGUAGGGCCUCUGGCUGGGCAUGGGAUGGGAAGAGGCAGCCGAAGGCUCCUGAGACAUCAUGGGUGCUAUUGGGGGGACAGUUGAGGUACCAGUCUUGGAUACUCCAUGGGGUAGGGGUGGAAAAUCAGACCAGGGUUCCCGUGUAUGUGAGCAGACCUUCCUAGCUAGAAUUCACUCCACUUGAACACAGCCCCCAGAUAUCGUGAUGCGGAGCCUGGAGAUCCCACAUCCUGUGGGAACUGGGCGGUAGUCAUCCUGCCUGCCUGCAAAGCCCUAGACGAAGCCUGCCUCAAUCAGUGUUCGUAUUUAUAGCCAAGUGCCUUCUCAUCUGUGAGAGGCUGAGCUGGGGGUUCAGCCCGGCCUCUCCUGACACUACCACCACUGCCUCCUCUUUGGCUCUACCCCAGCCUCUUACAACUUCCCUCAACUACAAAUCUAGGUGCUGCAGCCCUGGGACAGGAUACCCCAGAGUGACUCUGGGCCCAGUGAGAGGGAUUGGGAAAGAGCUCACAGGAGGGGCUCUUGGGCAGACUCUGGUCAAGAAGCAUUGCAUCAGACAUCAUCAUGGGGGGACUUCUCAUUAUUUUGUUUUCUCCUUUUUUAGUUUUUCAGAGAUGGGGAGGGAAGGGGGAACAUGAGCCUUUGUUGCUGUCAAAUUGAGAACUUAUUUGUACAAUUUUUUUCAAUAAAAUUUUUCCAAUGA